GGCAUUUAUGUUACUUUUAAUUGGCAUCAGCAUAGCCUGGGUUCCUGUGGUGCAGUCAGCUCAAAAUGGGCAGCUCUUCGAUUACAUCCAGGCGGUUACAAGUUACCUGGGACCUCCCAUUGCUGCUGUCUUCCUGCUCGCUGUCUUCUGCAAACGGGUCAAUGAGCAGGGUGCCUUCUGGGGCCUGAUGAUUGGGCUGCUAACUGGCCUCAGUAGAAUGAUUGCAGAGUUUGCCUAUGGAACUGGCAACUGUGUGAACCCUUCCAACUGCCCGUUCAUCAUCUGUGGGAUCCACUACCUUUACUUUGCAAUUAUUCUCUUUGGGGUGUCCACCAUUGUUAUCCUGGGAGUCUCCUUCAUGACUAAGCCCAUUCCUGAUGUACAUCUUUACCGCUUGUGCUGGUCUUUGCGGAACAGCAAAGAGGAACGUAUCGAUCUGGAUGCAGAUGAGGAGAAGGAGAAAGCUGAUGAAAAGGAUCAGGAAUCAGUUAACGAGGAAAGUGAAGAAGAACCGGGAUGCUUUAAGAAGGUGUACAACUGGUUCUGUGGCUUAGAUCAACAAAAAGGACCCAAACUGAGCAAGGAAGAAGAAGAAGCACUGAAGAAGAAACUGACUGACACAAGUGAAGUGCCACUUUGGAGAAAUGUUGUGAACAUCAAUGGCAUCAUCCUGUUGACUGUGGCUGUAUUUUGUCAUGCCUUCUUUGCAUAA